AUUCUAUGCGUUUUACAAGUUUCCAGACGUAUUUGUGACGUAACAUUUUACUUUGAAAUGUUAUCGUUUGGGUUAGCUUGACAGCACUCUAGCGCAGGUUUCGUCUUUGGCGUAGUAAGAGCCGCAGAUGACAGAGAUGGGAGCCUCGGCGCGGUGGUCGGCGCUCAGCCUGCUCCUCUGCCUGCAGCUCGGCGCGGCCCGCAGCCCCCGCACGGCAGACCAGGUGUCGGAGGCCGACAUCCAGCGGCUCCUGCACGGCGUCAUGGAGCAGCUGGGCAUCGCUCGGCCCCGAGUGGAGUACCCGGCUCAUCAGGCCAUCAACAUCGUGGGCCCUCAGAGCAUCCAGGGUGGUGCUCAUGAGGGGUUGCAGCACCUGGGCCCCUUUGGGAACAUCCCCAACAUUGUGGCAGAGCUGACAGGCGACAACGUUCCCAAAGACUUCAGCGACGACCACAGCUACCCUGAACCCCCCAAUCCCUGUCCACUGGGAAAGACGGCGGUUGACGGCUGCCUGGAAGACGCUCCGGACACAGCCGAGUUCAGCCGAGAGUUUCAGAAGCAUCAGCACCUGUUUGACCCCGAGCAUGAUAACCCCGCUCUGACCAAGUGGAAUAAGGAGCUUCUGCUGCAAAAACUUAAGGGAGGACCCAAAAGAAGAAAGAGGAGCGUCAACCCGUACUUACUCGGCCAGAGGCUGGACAAAGUGGUCGCCAAAAAGUCUGUUCCCCAUUUCACUGAGGAGAAAGAAGAGGGGAAAGCACAGGCUGCCAGCAAAGCUUAGCAUCAGCUCGCACUGGAAGAUGAAUCUGAGCAGUUUGGACUGUUUAUGAUAAAAGGGGUUAAACAUAUUGGAACUUUUCAGCUGGCUUUGAUUCCAGCCAUAAACUUUAUUCUGUGAGUGUCUUUCUUUAGUGUUAAAAUUAUAAUCUAAAGUCGUAAAGAUCGUUUUUUGCUUUGUAAGGAUUACAACAGUGUCUGGUGGAACGGGCUGCACUGACAGUGGUGUCGUUUAUAAAAGUAGAUGUAUGGAGGAGUUUUAUCUGUUUUAGUGCCAAAUCUUCUGUUUCUGCUCAAAAGUGACUGAAUGUUUAUGAGUCUUGAUUUUUUUUUUUUUUUUGCACUCUUUGUAUCUUGUUUACCAGAUCUUGUCAAAAUGGUUUUGUUUAUGUACCCUGAAGCCAAAUAAACGAUUUAUCUGCAUCCA